AUGGCCAAUUCCGAUCUCUCAAAGCUUUUGCCAAGAGUUCUCAUCGUUUCUCGCCGUACCAUUCGCAAGAACAAGUUUGUAGAUUUUGUUGGUGAGUAUCAUCUGGAUCUCAUUGUAAAAUAUGGAGCUGUUCCAGUCAUUGUCCCAAGAGUUGGUGGGGUUCACACUCUCUUAGAAAGCUUUGAGCCCAUUCAUGGAGUUCUUCUAUGUGAAGGUGAGGAUAUUGAUCCCUCUCAUUAUGAUUCAGAACUGUCUGGACUUUUACCUGAAGAGCUUGACCUCAUCAAGAAGCUUCAUCCAAGUGAUACUGCCAUUGAUAAAGAGAAAGACUCCAUUGAGCUAAAGCUUGCAAAGCUCUGCCUUGAAAGAAAUAUACCUUUUCUGGGCAUAUGCAGGGGGUCUCAAAUCCUAAAUGUUUCAUGUGGGGGCACACUUUACCAAGAUAUAGAGAAAGAGUUGUUGGGGAAAUGCACAGAGAUUCAACGAGUGGCUCAUAUUAACUAUGACAAUUACGAUGGACAUCGUCAUUUGAUAAAGUUAGCGUCUAACACCCCCUUACAUAAUUGGUUUGAGGAAUCUUUGGAAGAUGAGAAAAUGGAGAUCAUGGUGAAUAGUUACCACCACCAGGGUGUUAAGAGACUGGCUCAGCGAUUUGUUCCAUUAGCAUUUGCUUCAGAUGGAUUGAUUGAAGGAUUUUAUGAUCCAAAUACUUAUAAUCCUGAAGAUGGCAAGUUUAUUGUGGGCCUUCAAUUUCAUCCAGAGAGAAUGAGACACCAAGACAGUGAUGAAUUUGAUUAUCCUGGAUGCAGCAUGGCUUAUCAGGAAUUUGUGAAGGCUGUAAUUGCUUAUGAGAAAAAACUUAGCUGCUCAACAACGUAUGUGCCAAGGUCCACAAAGCUUAGUGCCGAAAUGGAGCUAAAGAGAAAAGCCAUCCUGAAAAGCUUCUCAGUCGCAAGAAACAUUUAUAAAUCUGAUUCUCAAAUGGUUGCGGACCAAAGCUCUGAACUUGAAGCAGGAGCAGACUUUUUACAGGCAAAUAUAGCAUUGAGUUGGCAGCAGGAGAAUAGACUAAAGCAAGUUGGUGCAACAGUUCGAAAUGGAUCAGUUUAUACGCACAAGCUGAAAAUGAAUCAGGUGAGGGAAAAGGUUGCUAGGACUAUGAUGGCAACUAUGUCGAUAGAACAGUUAUCUGAAUUGAUGUCCUUUUACGGAUCAAUGCGUCAGAUAUGUUAUGAUACACUGGAGAGUAAGAUGCAUGAGCUAUACGAAGAAGAAAGUUGA